AUGACUGAAGAAAUCAUUUCCUCAACGGAUAACCUCCACCUUGACCCCUCCACCGAACAAAAAAUCACACCAUGGGAAGUUGAAGGAGCCGUCAUCAACGGUGAAGCUCAAAUAAUCGACUAUGAUAAACUAAUCAAACAAUUUGGUACAAAACCAAUGACACCCGAGACAUUAGAAAGAUUCACCAGAGUGACCGGUCAUGAACCUCAUCAUUUCCUGAAAAAGGGUUAUUUUUUCAGUGAGAGGGAUUUCAACAAGAUUUUAGACCUUUAUGAAACUGGAGAACAAUUUUUCCUAUAUACGGGACGUGGACCUUCGAGUGGGUGUAUGCAUUUGGGACAUUUGGUUCCGUUUUUGUUUACGAAAUGGUUACAGGAUGUGUUUGAUGUUGGGUUGGUUGUGGAAUUGACAGAUGAUGAAAAGUUUUUAUUCAAGCCAAAAUUAACAAUUGAUGAUGUUAAAAAAUUUGCUAAAGAGAAUGCUAAAGAUAUUAUUAGUGUUGGGUUUAAACCGGAGAAUACUUUUAUUUUCAGUGAUUUGGAUUAUAUGAAUGGAGCAUUUUAUGAAAAUGUUGUUAGAACUUCAAGACAAAUUACAACAUCUACUGCAAAAGCUGUGUUUGGGUUUCAAGAUUCAGAUUGUAUUGGGAAAGUUCAUUUUGCAUCAAUUCAAAUCGCCACUGCUUUCCCUUCUUCAUUCCCAGAUGUGUUGGGAUUACCACCAAAGACACCAUGUUUGAUUCCAUGUGCAAUUGAUCAAGAUCCUUAUUUUAGAGUUUGUCGUGAUGUUGCAGAAAAAUUAAAAUUUGCUAAACCUGCAUUGAUUCAUAGUAAAUUUUUCCCAGCUUUACAAGGUUCCACUACAAAGAUGAGUGCAAGUGAUGAGAAUAGUGCGAUUUUCUUGGAUGAUACACCAAAGAAAAUUGCUAAAAAGAUUAAUAAAUAUGCUUUUAGUGGGGGGCAAAUUUCAGUGGAGGAACAUAGAUUAAAAGGUGGUAAUCCAGAUAUUGAUGUUGCAUUCCAAUACCUAAGUUUUUUCGAAGAGGAUGAAUUAAAGUUGAAAGAGAUUUAUGAAUCUUAUAAAAAGGGGGAAUUAUUAAGUGGUGAAUUGAAAAAAUUGGCUAUUGAUAAAAUUACUGAAUUUGUAUUGGAAUUCCAAAAGAGAAGAAAUGAAAUUGAUCAAGAUGUUAUUGAUAAAUUUAUGAAACCACAUAAAUUAAAAUUUGGACAAGAGGAGAGAUUGGUUGCAAUAAAGCCAAAAGAGAAGAAAUCAAAGAAAUAG